GACGAUUUGGUUUAAUUUACCCACACAUCCAUGUAGGAAUCUUGGGCUUCUUCCCCGGUUUGGAGCUGAAGGAUACACACAGGGAGCUGCUGUGCAUCCAGAUGAUAUGAUCACACUUCCAUUUACCCUCAUCUCUCCUCCCUCUGGCAACUGACCUCAUGCUGAAUGAGCCGACACAUCCGAGCUGGGAAUGAAUAAAACUUGUGAGUCCGAGCGGCGGGAGCUCCGCGGGGGCUGGGAACGCGCUGCUGUCACCGGGGGGGGGUCGGAGAGGCGGUGAAUGAGGAGCUGCAGGAAAAAGGAGUGGCUCCGGACGGGCUCCCUCUCCGCCGACCGCGGGCACGCACACCCGCAGCACACACGGCGGAUACAGCGAAGCGCGGCGCGGCGCAGCGCGGCGAAUCCCCGAGCGGCGCGUCCUCUCCGUUGCAAUGGCAUCAGCUACCCCCCAGAAGAGGAUGGUGUCCUCUGUUUUCAUUACUCUGGCAUCUCCGCAUCGUGCCACCGUCACACCGCAGACCCCUGCAGGCGCCACGCGGAGCUCAGCGCCACUUGCCCGCAAGGAAGACACUCACGGCGCGCUCUCCAAAGGCGCUGCUCAAAUCAGUGCACCCACAACAAUGAAAUCCCUGUCUCCUUCCAUCACUCCCACACAUAUGUUCCAUUCUCCCCAACAGGGGGCACUGCCUUCUCUUUCUGCCAGCACCCCAAGCCCCAAAAUGCAAUGGGGCAAGGCAAGCUGUGAAGAGAUACCCGUGCCUAGAGACAACAUUGUGGGAGACGUUCUACCGCCUCCUCCUCCACCACCUUCUGUGGAAAUGGAGCUUUCUGCAGAGAUGGACCCACCCCUUCCCCCACCACCUCUUGCUGAACCUUUGCCUCCCCCUUUGAGUCCAGUCACCCGGCCCAGUGACCCUCCUGUCUCCUCUUGGAAGAGUGCCUUGCCUGAUAAGCGGCCUGACGUGAGGUUGUCCUCUGGGGGUUCAAGUCACAGUGCUGAGAAGGAGAAGCUCCCAGUGAGCCAGAAUCUCAGGGAAGACGGGGCAGGUCCCGAGAGUGAAGAUGUGUGUGGCUUUUGUCGAAAGGUGGUACCUCUCAGUGAGCCUGCCAUCAAUGCCUUAAACAGGACAUACCAUGCAAACUGUUUCCAGUGCAGACAGUGUGGCCUUCCUCUGGCUGGGCAAAUGUACUACAACAAGGCAGGAAUACCGCUGUGCGAGGACUGCUACCAGGCGAGCCUGGAGCAAUGCUGGGCAUGUGGUGAAGUCAUCAAAGAGCAGGUGAUCCGUGCGCUGGGGCGGGGCUACCACCCAUCCUGUUUCGUCUGCGCAACAUGUCGCCGACCAAUCGGAGAGGAGAAAUUUGCACAAGGGGAGGUCGGGGAAGUGUACUGCCUCCCGGACUACUACAGGAAAUAUGCUCCUUGCUGCAGUGCCUGUCAGCAGCUCAUUGUACCUGCAGACGACGGAAAGGACAGCUACACUGUUGAAUGUUUGGGGCGCUCCUUCCAUGAGGACUGCUAUCGGUGUGAGACCUGCCAAGUCUUACUGUCCCCAGAGCCAAAUGAACAGGGCUGCUACCCUCUGGAUGGAAGAGUGCUUUGUAAGACUUGUCACCUGGCCCUCAUACAAGAAGCCCAGCACUAAUGACACUCCUUCAUCACCACAAACUGAGAAGAUUACUGGGGCACCAGUUGUGGCAAAGGAGAAUAAAACUGUAUGCUUUUUGGGCCCUUCCUUCUUUGUCAGUUUGAGAACCGAAACCACUGAAUGUCUCUACUCUUUUACAUGAAAAUAGUUUUUUUUUUUUCUUUGUGAAAUAAACCUUCUUUCACUACAUGAUGAUAGUGUUCGUAUUAGACUUGGUUUUAUAUUUGGUAUUGAUUUUUGUGUUUCAUAUUCCUUUUGAUAGUUCAUAUAUACAUGCACUCUUCCUCCGUAUGCACCUAUAACAUCAAUUCACCAAAGAUUU